CAGCGGGACAGGAGGGGUUUAGGCAGGUAGUGUGCGGUGUUGUCAGCCAGCAGCUGAUGGCCAGACGACGCCGGCACCUCGCGUAUAUUAUAGGAUGGGCAAAAUAAUUUCUCUACUGAGUAGAAGGGCAACCAAACCUCUAAGAGAAUACAACUUGGAUUCAAGAGUUUUUAAGGAAAUUGCUAAAGAGAAACGUCCGGUAGCACCAUGGCACAAGUCAACUAUAAAACUUAUAGAAGACUCUAUCAAAGCUCAGCCCAAAGAAGUUGCAAGACAUAUGGAGGAAAAAGAUGAUUUCUUAUUAGAAAGACUCAAAGAAGUGUUCGUUACCUCAGAAAAUCCAUUGCUACAACAGCAAAUUACUGAGAAUCCUAAUCGACCAUUGCCAACGAAUCGCACUUUUGUCUCCGAAGCAGAUUUUGGAUACUCUGAGCCAAAGGUUGUGCCUUAUGGGAAGAUAAUCUUAAGAGAUGCUGUGAAGGCCAUAUCACAUCAUCAUGAGGAUCCCGAGCUUUGGACAGCAAAGAAAAUUUCCUAUGAAUAUAAAUUGGAUACCGGCUUGACAGAAAAAGUUCUUCAGCACUUCAACACGUUUGUAGUUAUAGUCCCAGAGGAUCAUAAAACAAAGAAGAUGAGUGAAGAAACACUCAAGAACACACCAAUUACUGCUUCAGGCACCCUGAAGCAACUCACCAGUGCUACUAAUGAUGAUAAAAGUGUCGAGAGCAAAGGAAAGGGUUGAUUAUCACCUCUGUUUAUGCGUACUAUUAAUAUAUAAUUGUUGGCCGUAGAGUUGUUACAGAAGACAGUACAGUUGAAAAUAAAAAAAUAUAAGGGGCAAAUGUGUCAAUUAUACAAAUUAUUUGCAUUUGCAAAGGGCUAAAUUGACAGCUGAAUAUUGGUGGCAAUUUAAAUAAGUUUGAUACAUUUAUCAGGUUUUGAUUAGUAUUUCCAUACACGCUGCUCAUUUCUAAUACAAAUAACUUCAACAAAAAGAUAAAAUAUUCUCUAUUUUAUUGAAACUUAAUUUGUAAUUGUUGUCUACCUAAAGAAAUUAAUUUUUUCAAUGUGCUGUAAUGUCAGUAAUUUUCCAGCACUUGGUUUCAUUCUUGAAUGCUACCUAACCUACCUGCCUAAAUUUAUUUAGACUGGUAGUACAGUAUAGACUUCUGGUAUCUUUUAAGGCUGAUGAAUAUUCCCAAGUUAAUGUGUAAUAAUGUAAGUUCGUAGAAAUGCAUUUACCAUUUUCUGAAGCUGUAUAUAAUUUAUAUAAAAACAAAAAAUUAAA